UAUAUUGAUGACGUCACUUGGUGUACAGUGGCAGCCUAGCACGCCGUCUCCUCGUUGAUGUAUAUUGUACUGUAUUACUGUUGUAUACUCUUAAAUAUACACCUUAAUUACGAGCCAUCAUCAACAUGUCAGCUCUACAAACUUUAAUUGAAAUGGGCUUCUCGGAGAACAGUGUAAAGAAGGCACUGUCUGCCACUGGUGGAGGAGGCAUAGAACAAGCAAUGGAAUGGCUCUUGGCACAUGCUGAUGACCCAGGAAUCAAUGACCCACCUGCAGAGGAGGCACCUGCUCCUACAACAAUGUCUCACCCAGAAACAGAGGAAGAGAAGAUGGAUACUACUACAACAGAGGGGAAGGAAGCAGGUGCAGGGGAAGAAGGAACAGCAGAAGAGGAGGGAGCCAAGUCCAUUAAAUGUGAUGAUUGUGGAAAGCUAUUCCAGACCUCUGAAGAAGUAGAGUUCCAUGCAGUUAAAUCUGGUCAUUCCAAUUUUUCUGAGUCCACUGAAGAAAAGAAACCCUUGACAGAGGAGGAGAAGCUACUAAAAAAAAGGACAUUGGAAGAUAAAAUACGGCAACGAAGGAGGGAGAGAGAGAUGGAGGAGGAGAAGGAAGCAAGAGACCGUGAGAGAAAGCGUAUUCAGAUGGGUCAAGAAAUUGCUGAGAGAAAGCGGAACAUGCAGGAUCAGGAACUGAAACGCAUUGCUGAAGAACGCAAGAAGGAAAAAAUGGAGGACAAGAUUGCAAGACAGAAGGUAAAGGAAGAAAUUGAACGAGAUAGGCAAGCCAGGAAAGAAAUGUUUGGCAAUAAGGGGGAAGAGAAAUCACAAGCAGCAUCUGUAGCACCCAAACCUCAGCCAGCACCUGCAGCACAAACAGCCCCAAAGAAAGAAUAUACUACAGCUAGACUCCAGAUUCGUCUACCAAGUGGAACACCGCUUGUCCAGGAAUUUAAAGCCAAGGAGUCUCUGUCAGCAGUGCGUCUAUGGAUUAGUCUUAAUCGUCAAGAUGGUCUUCCUGCAGAUGCUCCUUUCAAUUUAUCCAUGUCUUUUCCACGUAAAGUAUUUUCAGAAGAAGAUAUGGACAAGCCAUUAGAUAUUUUGGGUUUAGUGCCAUCAGCUGUGUUAAUGGUCACCAAGUAAGAUUAUGCCACAGUUUAAGUUUUAAUACCUGAUGUAUUUAAGACUCAUAAUUCACAUUUUCAAUAACAGUAUAAGGGAUCUCUAAUGGGUCCAUAUGAAUUUAGACCAGAAAUAAUUUUUAGGGCUGAAAAUCAUCUUUUUAUUAAAACUUGUAACAUUGUAUGUUGUAUAUGGUUGAAAUAAAUUUGUGUUUAACUUAAAUUCUCUUGCUUUGUUUUGCUUCAUAUACAAAGUAUAAUUUUUGAAAUUUACUGAUUAAGUAAAAGUAACAGUAUGUUCAUCUUAAGGCUUCAACCGUAAGAUCAUAAUGAUUUUAGUUACAUUAAAAAAAUUUAGCUGUGUAUAAUGUGAAUCCUAUUUAUACAGUGCACUACAGUACCAGACUAAGGUGAAUACUGUAAUUAAAUGGACAAUUUGUCUUUGUUAAAAAUAACUAUCCAUGGUAUAAAUGUACUAUCAUUUUAGGUGUUACUAAACCUUGGUGUUCAUCAACUGAAGUGUCUAAUCUCCUGUUAAGUUUGGUUCAAAAUUUUAGAUUUUUUUUUGUCGGUACCAACUGCCUGUUUAUAACUACCUAGCCAAAUUAAUGAUGAUUCAUGAAUGUAUUCAAGCUGAAUAUUUCUGAUAAGUUCACAACCUAUUUGUGCAUGUAUUUAACAUUAUUUGAGUAGAGAAACCACAACUUUCGUAAAGUAAUGCAUCCAGCAGUCAUCAUCAACUUUUAGGGUCAGUGUUCUUCCUAUGCCUCUGGUGGACUACCCAUGCCCACAUUAUACAAGUGCCAUCAGCUGACUUUACUUUAUCCUCUUCACCACUGGUCAGCUCUAGCCAGUCUGGCAGUCAGUCAUUUCUCUGUUACAUACUGUUGGCGUGUACUGACUAGAAAGUAUCUAAUAAUGCACCAGUGUUGGUCAAGUCUGGUCUUAGAUGAACUUACACUCGGUGCCAUCACAACAUUCUCUGGCAGGUUAUUGCAAGAGUUCAGAAAUUCUUUUCUCCAAAGAGUUGGAUAUGACAAUUUUUGGUGCUUGUGGUACAUGUGACAGCAUGUGAGGCAGGCAUCCACUUGCUCAUAAUUUCAUAAAAAGAUAAAUUUUAUAUACAAUGUAACUUCUUGUAUAUACAGUACAUUAUGUUGAAACUUGUGCUAAUAUAAUUAGUUCAAUAAAUUUACCUAAAAAAAUUCUCACAUACUCUAUCUAAAGGAUACAAGUACCCUGUAUUGCUACUAUACCAUCGAAUGUUUCUAGUAUUUAGGUGAAUGAAUACAUUACUGCAGUAUCAAAGAGAAUCAUUCUAAAACUUGUGAUUCUAAUAUUAGAUGUGUGACUCAGUGACCAGGAAAUAAAAUUCUUUCCUAUUUA